UCAAGAAGAAAAAAAAAUUCAAACUUUCUUCUUCCAAAAUAUUUCCAAAUCGUUCCGUACACCUAAACACCAUAAUAAACUUCUUUCUCUCUCUCAUCAAAUCGACGGCGUACGGACACGGCGGAGAGAUGGCGGAGCUAAUGUCGGCGGAGAAGGGAAACUCCACCGCAACGAACGCACUCUUCUCUCCGUACAAGAUGGGCAGAUUCGAUCUCUCCCACAGGGUGGUGUUGGCGCCGAUGGUGAGGUGCAGGGCGCUGGGGGGCGUUCCGAACGCGGCGUUGGCUGAGUAUUACACCCAACGCGCCACUCCCGGCGGUUUCCUCAUUUCCGAAGGCGCCAUGAUCGCUCCUGGCGCUGUUGGAUUGCCGCAUAUUCCUGGAAUCUACAACGACGAACAAGUAGAGGCAUGGAAGAAGGUCGUGGACGCAGUUCAUCGCCAAGGAAGCGUCUUCUUUUGCCAACUAUGGCACGUUGGCCGAGCCUCUCAUCCAGUGUACCAACCCGGAGGAGGCGCGCCUAUCUCGUCCACCAACAAGGCGAUUUCAAAUAGGUGGACACCUCUCCUGCCUGACGGUUCGUACGGGAGUUACAAGGAACCUCGAGCUCUAGAAACUUCCGAGAUCCCUCGGGUCGUGGAGUGGUACCGCAGGGCGGCCAUUAACGCCAUCCGGGCGGGUUUCGACGGGGUCGAGAUCCACGCAGCUCAUGGUUAUCUCAUUGACCAGUUCUUGAAGGACGGUAUCAAUGAUCGAACCGAUGAAUACGGCGGCUCCAUUCCGAACCGUUGCAAAUUGUUGUUCCAGGUAGUUCAAGCAGUGGUUUCAGUCGUUGGAGUUGACCGAGUCGCGGUGAGGAUAUCUCCGGUUAUCGAUCAUAACGAUGCAUCCGAUAGCGAUCCACUAGCCCUCGGACUAGAAAUCGUCGAUCGGUUUAACAAGAUUCAAGAAAACAACGGGUCGAAGCUAGCUUAUCUACACGUGACGCAUCCCCGCUACCGUGCCUACCGGAAAAACAACUCCGAGAAGGAAGAUGAAGAAAAUGCCGAGGUGAUAAGGACGUUGAGGAAGAAGUAUAACGGUACUGUCAUGUACAGCGGAGGGUUCACCCGAGAAGUCGGCAUGGAAGCUAUUCGACAAGGCGAUGCGGACUUGAUCUCGUACGGAAGGAUGUUUAUCUCGAAUCCGGAUCUGGUUUCGCGGUUUAAGGUUAACGGAAAGCUGAAUAGGUAUGACCGGAAAACGUUUUACACCCACGACCCGAUCGUAGGCUAUACGGAUUAUCCGUCCCUCGGGAAGGAGACUGCGAACCAUCGGCCCUUAUCCCGACUCUGACGUUUUAGCGUCAUUUGAUAACCGUAAGAUUCAUUGAAUUGUUUCUCAGUGUACCCAUAUUUUGGAAUCCGCGUUGAGUUUCCGAAGGGGAGGGAUCUUUUACU